UUCAGAGUCUCAUACCAUACGCCAUUGCAGGCAUUACACCGGGACCGCACAAUUUGCUGCCACCGCCACCACAGCCGCCCAUACCGCCAUCGUCUGCACAAUCAACCUUACCGGCGGCGUCAGCGACUUCAAGUUGCGGCGCGUCUACAUUUAUAACCAGUAGCAAUUCCAGUCCACAAACUAACGCCGCACCAGUUCCUACAUACACAGUCAUGGGUGGUCCACACCCUCCACUACCACCGACCAUUGAGGGUCAAACUUAUUGCCUUCGAUGGAAUAAUCAUAAAUCCAAUCUGGUUGAGAUUCUCGAUGCUCUAAUCAAGGUCGAAAGCUAUGUCGAUUGCACGAUAGUUGUGGAUGAUCAAGUGCAAUUCAAAGCGCAUAGAGUAGUGCUUGCCGCCAAUUCACCAUAUUUCCAGGCCAUACUGCAGGAUGUACCCAUGGAUCAUUGCAGCAUUAUUUUUCCCGGUGUCAAGGAAUUUGAAAUGCGCGCACUUCUUGAUUAUAUGUACACUGGCGAGGUAAAUGUAACGCAAAGUCAAAUACCCACAAUAAUGCGUAUCGCCGAGGAGUUAGAGGUGAAGGGUCUUUUUGACAUGGCCGAUCUGAAGGAGAAAUUCAAUAAAUUGAGUGAAGAGCAUGCAGACCGAGCCAGCCAUGGUUAUCCCUAUACGGCAGCAAGCACAUCAGCGCUGACGGCGCCUUACGCCAUGGCUGCAAGUUCAUCUUCUGCACAGGGCCUACCCAGCGGCGUGCAUAAUGGCAAGGAACAUCAUGGCGCGGAUUUACCAAUACCUUCACUGCAUAACUCCUCAUCCGUGAUCUCAACGUCAUCGAACAUUUCGCCAUCAGCUGCAGCCUCGAGUACCUCUUCACCUCCUUAUACUAAUUAUAAGUCACCCUAUUCAAAUCUAUAUUCCAAAUCGCCUGGUCCCGCCGGCAAUGGCUCCGGUGUAGGGCAAACAAAAUCAGCCAAUGCACCUCAAACUCCAACGCAUUCACAAUCUCAACCAUCAAAUCAGGAACAUGGUCAAUGGCCGUUAUCGCCAUCGGCAGCUGUCAGCAUGUUAGGCUCUGUCUACGACUCCGUACCAGACAACCCACUAAAGCGUAAAAAGAUUUCCUCAAUGACUUCGAUGCUAAUGAACCGUGAUACCCCCAUCUUACGCAAUGUCUUGGCUCAGGCCAAUCCCGCCGACUCAUCUCAGCCAAUGUCAUUUUCAUUACCUGGUGCCAGCAAGUCGGACAAAUCGAAUGCCGACAAAAACUCACCACAUACCGGACCAAUGGGUGCACACAAUAACAGCCAAGGACAACACUUUAACGGAGCUGAUUAUGGCAACGAUAAGAAAUAUCACGACGAACCACAUUCGCCGUACACUGACCGCUCGUUUGACGAUGACGCUUACGACGCGAAGGGUAAUUUUGGCAGUGGAUUCAGUUCUAAUGCCAAUCAGAAGCCGGAAUGGAAACGUUAUAAACAAUAUACACGUAGCGAUAUUAUGUCCGCCAUUCAAUGUGUUCGGGAAGGGAUGAGUGCGCUUCAAGCAUCACGAAAGUUCGGUGUACCCUCGCGUACACUCUACGACAAAGUAAAGAAGCUGGGAAUAACCACAGGCCGGCCAAUGAAUCGUACCAUGAAACGUAGUCCCAGUAAUGUAGACUCAUCCGCCGCUUUCUCUUAUCCACACGGUUAUGGGGCAGAGCCUUUAAUGUCAUCGCUACAUGAAGGGCGUAACGAUGACCGUGAACCUAAAGACCACCAUCGUGCCGAUCACCAUCAUAUACCACCACAGCUGCCACAUUCCUUAUUGGAUCACGCGCUCUUGCAACAGGCAUUGGAAAGCCGUGGAGGAGACAUUGCCGGACGAGGUGCUCUGUUGCUAGCAGCAGCAGCACAUGCUGCAGCAAAUCGUAUUUCAACCAGUCCAGGCCCGAACGGGUCGAGUGUAAUGCGUUCUCCUAGCCCACCGAAUUAUGGUCGAAAAUAUGGACGCGGAAGUGAACAAGACUAUGCGAUGGAACCAGAACGUGGUCGCGAUCGUGAGCGGGAACGCGAACGUGGUAGAGAUCGUGAUGUCGAUUGUAGUCGUGUAAACGAACGUCGUAUCCUAGAACAGGAGUUAGAGCAUGAGCGUGAAAUGGCAACCGAAAGUGACCGUGAGCAAGACUACGAACGUGAACUACGCGAUGAACGUGAAUGCGAUAGGAAGCGUCUGCGCAAUUUCGAGAGGGAACAUGAACGGGAGAGAGGACGUGAACGUAAACGCGUCCAUCGACGACACUCGCACGACGACGAAGAGACUACUGGACACGUUGAAGAUCUGUCUGUAACGCGCCGACAAUUCACAUCGCCUGAACCUGUAGCGGUGGCACAAAGGCGAGUACGUUCACCAUCAUACUCGCCACCACCACCAGCUACACAAGCAACAAUACCCCAACCAACAGCAGUUGAAUGCAGCAGUGGUGUUAUAAAGCUUGCAACCGCUGCCGCAGUGGCUGUGACCGCUACAAACGCACUCAACCCAGGCGAUAAUAGUCGCUGCUCGAGCCGUAGUAGCAACGGCUUAACGAUGGCAGACAAUAAUAGCAACGAGGAGUUCAUCAAUGAAUCCGGCGCCGCUUUAGACGCGGCAACAGCCAUGACAGCGAUAAAGCGAGAAAUCAUCAGCACAGACGAUGGACGCAACGACUGAUUAAUGCUAUCAAUGGCGUGGCACUACGCAGCCGAUACGUGUUAUGAUUCGCUGUUUUUGAGCCGUUAAGUGCUGUCUCUUUUGCGUGUCAUGUUGCGAACGGAGAGAGGCAGCCGAGAACUGUGGAAUUAACAUAACCUCAAACUAGUUAUGUUAAAAAUAUGCCUAAAGUUAUUUCAAAUUUAGUUGUAAACAAGUUUUUACCUUACUGCAGCGGUGCAAUAGAAGCAGAGAGUAGGAGCAUAAUUAGUAGUGGAACGAAACUUUAAAUAAAUUCCACAAUAUUUGGCGGCGCAUGUCAAACGACGCGUUGUGAACUGGACUUCUCCGUGAACUAAGUAAAUACAUAUGUUUUAAAUACUUUUUUUUUGUUAUUGGUGUCAUUUGAGAAACAUGUACCGUUCUUUCCUAACUGUGCAUAAUUGUUUAAUUAUUAUUAAACAGCUGAUUAAAAACAAACCAACAAACAAACAAACAAAAAUUAAGAAUAGUUGAUAGCAACCAUUGUAAUUCCUUAAAAUCGACUUAUUUUGUUAAAGAGGAAAGAGAAUAGAGAAAAUAAAUUUACUGUUGUCAGAAUCACCCUGUGCCUAAAA